UUGGAGAGCUCCAGUCGCGCAUGCGCUGAACGAAACCUUUUUGGUCCUCGGUGCGCUCCGUAGCACACAGUUCCACGGCGCAACGUGCGAGCAGAAAAGUGAGGAUUUCUGCUCUGAAUAGCUAAAACUGCCGCUAGCACAGACUCACCGUACCAACAAUCAUGGCAGAAACUCAAGAAGGGAUGUCUCCAGUUGAGAUGAAAGUGGCACGACAGAUAGAGUACUACUUUGGGGAUCACAAUCUUCCGAGGGAUAAGUUUCUCAAAGAACAGCUGCAGCUCGAUGAUGGCUGGGUGACUCUGGAGACGAUGCUCAAAUUCAACAGACUGAAAUCUUUAACUACAGAAACCAGCGUCAUCGUUGCAGCUCUCCAGAAAUCAAAGACUGGCCUCUUGGAAAUCAGCGAAGACAAGACCAAAGUCAGAAGGUCUCCAGACAAGCCCUUACCCGAACAGAAUGAUGAAUACAAAGACACUCUCAAACACAAAUCUGUGUACAUUAAAGGUUUUCCUCUCGAAACCUCCCUUGAUGAGAUUCAGGAGUGGCUGACUGGGAAAGGCGCCAUUGAAAAUAUCCAGAUGAGGAGAAACCUGCAAAGGCAGUUCAAGGGCUCAGUGUUUGUCUGUUUUGACACAGAGGAGUCGUCGAAGAAGUUCCUAGAACGUUCAGACAUCAAAUCGUUCAAAGACAACGAGAUGCUGGUGUUGGCGAGAGAAGAAUAUCAUGCAAAGAAGGCGGAAGAAAGAAAACAGUUCAAAGCAGAGACAAAAGCAAAAGCUAGACAGGACAAGGAACAAAAGCAGAAAAAUGCAGAAGAGAAGGAAAUGGGAAUGCUUUUGGAUGAACAGACGGGCUGUUUGUUGAAGUUUUCGGGAGGACUUGAAGACGUUUCGAGAGAGGACUUCCAUGAAUUGUUCUCUGGCCAUGGAAAGAUAAAGUGGGUUGAUUUUACACGAGGAGCCAAAGAGGGCACCCUCCUUUUCGACGGGAAUGCAAAGGAGGCAUUCGACAAGGCCAAAGAAGCAAACGGAGGGGAACUGACUAUCAAGGAUAGCAGCGUAACAUGGCAGCUGCUCGAGGGAGAUGAGGAGAAAGAGAUGAUGAAGAAGAUAGUUGAAGCUCAACAAGAGACGUUCAGAUCCAAAGGCAGAGGCAACAGAGGACGAGGAGGCGGACGGGGAGGUGGACGAGGAAGAGGAGGUCGUAGGGGAAGAGGUGGCAGAGAUGGAGGCAGAACCGAGUUCAGAGGCAAAAAGACGAAGUUUGACAGUGACGAUGAGGACAACGAACCCGCAGCAAAGGUUGCCAAAACAGAAAAUGGAUCUUAGUCAAAAACGUUACACCCAGAUUUUUUCUUCUUUUUUGAAAACGUUUAUUAUAAACAGUGAUAAUGCAGAGGCAAUUUAAAUCCAUUCCAGUCAAACUGUCAGGUGUUGGAGAAUCGUAGGAAGUCCACCUGGAUGUCAACCUAGAGAACAAACAGCAAAGCUUGGCUUUACUUUUCAGCCUUUUUAAUUAAGUCCCUGUAUCUUGUGCCUCUCUCAUUAUUUGUGUACCCCCCCCUAACAUGUAUUUGAUUUUAUCAUAUUCAACAAAGAACCGCUCUGACAUUAAUUUAAUUUCACCUGAACGAUUAGCUGGGUUUUGUAAGACCUGUGAUGUCUAGAAUCUGUGUGCCAUUAUGUUUUUUUCCUGUAGAUUUCCUACAUUGAGUGAUGAGAUCAUCUGCUUUGCUAUUUUUAAGUUUGCAUAUGUGAAUAGCAAAUAAAACAUUUGUAAAAACAAGUAGA